AUGCAGAACCUCCAAGGAACACCUAUGGCCAUCGGCCGCAUCUACUCCCACGACGCGCGCCAGUGGAUUGAUAUCAGUGGGCUACAGCCUCCACAGCGGUCACCAAUCCCCUUCCAACCGCAAAUGGGCAUGCAACAGCUCUUUUCUGCACCUAUGAUGCAGUAUCAACAACUGCCCUUCCAGCAGUACGUUCCACAGUUGCAGCAGCAGCUACAGCAACAACAGCCACAACAACAACAACUACUACUACUGCUACUACAGCAGCAGCAGCUACAGCAACAGCAACAACUACAACCCCCACCACCACAACAACAGAUCCUCUUGGGGACAAAGAGAGACCACCUCUCCCCCCAAAACUUCCACGAGGAGCAACCCCCUUCCCCAAAGAGACCUUGUAUCUCCUCACCCUCCCUCAUUCCUCCCACCGCCCCCGCUACUACCAUCGCCAGCACCACCGUCACCCCCGCAAAACGCCGCCCAGGCCGCCCCACAAACGCCUCCAAAGGCCUCCCUACCAAGCGAGCACCUAGGAAGCCUAAGAGCAAAUCCACCACCACCGCUACCGCUGCCACCACCAUGACUGGGCAAACCCAACCCCAACCCCUUCCCAUCCCAGACCCAGCACCACAGCCAGUACCGUACUAUCCAAAUUCCCAACCUACCGUAGCGAGUUUUAUUCCAGCGCCAGCACUGCAGAGAGAGAUUGAAGCGGGUGCUCGUGCGCAGAUGGCUGCGUUGGAGGCGGAUGAGAUGUUCAGAGUGUUUGGUGAGUUUGGAGAGUUUGGAGAGGGUUUGGCGGGGGAAGGAUAUGAGAUGCUGGGGGUGGAAGUGGAGUCUGUGGAGGCGCCGGUGAUGGUUGAGGAGGAGAAGGAGGAGGAGGGGUGGGAUGAGUUUUUGGUGCUGGAUGAGGUGGCGGAGCUGCCAUCUGGGGAGGAUGAAGGCGAGGAUGAAGAGGAUGCGUUGGGGAGUGCGAUAUGUGCUGCUUUGGCGGCUAGCGGGGGUGAGGAAGAGACGCAGGUCGCUGAGGUGCCAUCUGGGGAGGAUGAGGAGGAGAAUAAGGACGAGGACGAUGAUGAAGAGAAUGAUGAAGAGGAUGACGAAGAUGCGUUGGGGAGUGCGAUAUAUGCUGCUUUGGCGGCUAGUAGCGGUGAGGAAAAUGGAGAGGCGCAGGGCGCUGAGGUGAUAUCAGAGGUGUCUGAGGAUGAGGAGGAAUCAUUGUUUGGGGAUGAUUAG